AUGGAUCAUAUAGGCCAGUCACCUGGCGCAGGAACUUCACCGCGUAUAACGAACUCACAACUAAAUAAGCCUAUUACGGCAGAUCGUCACAUCUUACCCAAUAGGCUGCCAUCAACAUCGGAUGUACCAUUCGUUGAACCGCAAGUGAUCAACAGUCCCAUGGUCGCCUCUCUCUCAACGAAUCAAAAUACCAUAAGUCCCAAAUCGACAAAUACCCCUUCGCUUACUAAGCUUGAGAAUGCGCCUCAUUCUUCCAUAUCAUCUAACUCGUCCUCGAGAUCAAGAAGGUCUUCAAUGGGCGGUGCGCCUUUGAGUCCGGAGAAUCUUAUCGAUGUAAUGGAGAAGGAACAGGAAGGCAUAGUUUUGAAACUAAUGAAGGAAAUUCAAAUUUUGAAAGAAGAAAAUAAACAGUUGAAGCAACAACUGGCUAAGUUCAUACCUGGUUCAGCCACAGGUUCUAAUUCCUCUGCUUCGAACUCUUCAUCCGUAAGUAGAUCUUCAAGUCAACGACGGUCAACGAUUGGAGGGUCCGUAGCCAGCUCCAAAAGGUUACCCAGUAUCUCCACCGCCGCACUAGGGCUCAGCAGCUUCUAUGAAUCUCAGCCUUUUGACCAGCCAGAUUUUAGAACGAGCAAGACACGUAAGAAAGGUGGCCACUCGCCUACAUUUGCAAAUUACUCUCUCACUUCUGUCGGAAGGAGAGACAGUUUUACUUCGGAUAAGGUGAUGGAGGAUCUUUCACCCUUAUGUAUGCCUGGUGCAACAACAAGAGAAGACAACAGUCAAACUGACCAGAGCGCGUUGACGCAAGCAAGAUAA